GUUCCUCUCUGUGAUUGGCAAGAGGCUGAAUGUGUGAAAUGGAUGAUACUCCGUACAGCGUUCGCGUAACCAUGUUGGGCGGCUUUUUCUUCCAAAAAAAGGUGAUUCACUAAAACUGCUACUAGGAAUGGGUUACCUUGCCCCUCGUCAUUCACAAUCUGGUGGAUCACAUGUACCUCGGAGCUAUUACCUCAGGCGGUUUGCCUCAUUUUGUGAUAUCCGUUUUCAAAAAAGUUGAUAUUUACUCGCCCUCCCCAUACUUUUAGGUAGCCAUAAUAUCGUUCUCCGUGGAAUCUUUCUUUUGAAGGAUUUUCGGAACUUCUUCGACGCCAAACCCUGGAAAGCUCCGAGGUUCUAGACGCCGGCAAAAUGUCUACAAACAAAAAUAUGAAUGACAACGGCUCGGAUGGAUCCAAGUUUGAGGGCGAUGAGGACCGCCUUGAGAGCAGAGCCGUCGCGCCGGCGCAGACUGGAGCUUUAUACAAAGUCAAGAGACAUUGUGCUCGGUUUUGGUGGGUUCAUGUAAUCGCCUUCUGUAUUAUCUUUUUAAUUAUUGCGCUUUGCUUGUAAGUAUCUUCCAGAUCACACGACCUUCUCGUGAAACCGACUGCUAACAGUUUGUAACAGGGUUUACGUUGGCAUGCCCAGAAUUGCACAGCACGAUGUGGAUGCAUCAUGGCUUGAAGUUACGGAAUUACAAUUUCUCGAUCCAACGCCCAAUUCUGUUGUUUUGACACAAAGAGUCAUUCUCCACAACCCAAGCAAAUUUACACCAACACUUGAUGGUUUCCCAGCCGCGAAUUAUCUCGUCACCGAUGGAGUCCAGGGUCCAGAGCCAAUGGUUUACAUUCAAUUCCCAGAAAUCCACGCAAGAAAACCAACCUCCACUCACAGUGUUGAAAACCAAAAGGUCGACAUCGUGAAUCAGGAACAACUUGCUGCCUACGCGAGCUCAAUCCUCGCCAAUGAAAAUGUUCACUCCAGAUUGAUCGGAAGAACCUCCCUGCACUUGGGAGCUUUACCUACCGUUCAGGUUAACUUUCAGGAUACCCCAAGUUAUAAAGGUGGAUUUACAUAAUACUGUUUACUCCGAAAUCUCAAUACUGACAAAAGUUUCAAGGUCUCAAUGGCCUCAAAGGCUUCAACGUAACCAACGUCCGAAUCAACGCGACCAAAACCGACGGUCCUAACCUUUCCGGUUUCGCAUUUAUCCCCAAUCCUUCCAACAUGACGAUCGAAAUGGGAAAUGUCACUCUCUCCCUCUCGACCGACAAGGCGGGUAUUGUAGGAAACACCACUAUUGAGAACUUCACCAUCAGGCCUGGAGAUAACUCACUUCCAAUGAGCGGAACGAUGGAUCAGAUGAAAGUCGUCUCUGCUUUGGAUAACGGAUUCCUGGAUUUGAAAAUUAGAGGAUCGUCGGUCAUCUUCAAUGGCGAGCAUAUACCAUAUUACGAGAAGGCACUCAGUGAUAAUGUUUUGCCAUUGCGGAUGAACGUUCUGCAGGUUAUUGCGGAUAGUUCUCACUAG